AUGGCUUCUCGGAAGAAGACAGUAGGCCCAAAUGUUGGAGGUGCGGCGGGCAAUUCUACAGCUUCAUCGGGCACUCAGAGAAGAUCCGUAGGAAAUGCUGCUGCUGCGAAGUUCACAGACGAUUCGCAUAACCCGGGAGCUCGCAGAAAGAGUCAUACCUCGAAUUCGCAAAAGGGCAAACGAUCUGAUGACUUUGAGGCACUGCUCGAACCAUUCUACUACGAUAAACAUCUGACCGACCCAAUCAACACCGAAAGAGACAAAUGGAACCUAUUGCCAGCAUUUCUCAAAGUCAAAGGUCUCGUUAAACAACAUAUCGACUCAUACAACUAUUUUGUCGAAGUCCAGCUCAAAAAGAUUGUACAGUCUAGUGCGGAAAUUCGCAGUGAUAUCGACCCAAAGUUUUAUAUAAAGUUUCAUGACAUCUACCUUGGAACACCCCGGCGAACCGAUGAAGAGCAGUCAGGUAUCAAGGUCGAUUCCACGAUCACUCCAAACGAAUGUCGACUUCGAGAUAUGACAUAUGCGGCACCUAUUCUAGUAGAUUUCGAAUAUGUUCGUGGCCGCCAGCGAGUCAAGCGGAAUGGAACUGCCAUCGGCCGUAUGCCUGUCAUGCUCCGGAGCUCCAAAUGUGUAUUGUCAAAUAAAUCAGCACGAGAGAUGUACACCUUACAUGAAUGUCCUCUCGACCCAGGAGGAUACUUUAUUGUAAACGGAACGGAGAAGGUCAUCUUAGUGCAAGAACAGUUAAGCAAAAACAGAGUCAUUGUCGAAACAGACUCUAAAAAGGAGAUUGUACAGGCUUCUGUGACUAGUUCUUCACAUGAGCGGAAAUCGAAAAGUUAUAUCAUUAUGAAAAAGGGACGCAUUUACCUUCGACACAACGUUUUAAACGAUGACAUUCCGAUUGUUAUUCUGUUAAAGGCCAUGGGAAUACAAUCUGAUAAAGAAAUGUUGCUAUUGGUAGCAGGAGUUGACCUGGAAUAUCAAGAAGACUUUGCGAUCAACUUCGAGGAAGCUAUCAAACUGGGUAUAUUCACACAGCAACAAGCUCUUGAGUACUUGGGUGCGCGCAUCAAGAUUAAUCGAAAAGCCUCAGGGUUUGGACCCGCUCGUCGAAACUAUGUUGCAGAAGCCAUUGAGGCCAUAUCUUCUGUCAUAAUAUCUCAUGUGCAAGUUCAGGAUAUGAAUUUUCGACCCAAAGCCCUAUACGUCACCUACAUGGCUCGACGUGUGUUAAUGGCAAAGCUCGACCCAAGUUUGGUGGACGAUCGUGAUUACGUUGGUAAUAAGCGAUUGGAAUUAGCUGGUCAGCUCCUAGCGUUAUUGUUUGAAGAUCUGUUCAAAAAGUUCUGCUUUGAUAUCAAAAUGAACAUAGAUAAGGUCUUGAAGAAGCCCGUACGAACAGAGGCCUUUGAUGCCUACCCUGUUGUUGCCAUUCAUGGCAACCAUAUCACCCAAGGAAUGAACCGCGCAAUUGCAACUGGGAACUGGAGUUUAAAACGUUUCCGAAUGGAGAGGGCCGGUGUCACACAUGUUCUAAGCAGGUUGAGCUACAUUGCUGCUCUUGGUAUGAUGACACGGAUAAGCAGUCAGUUCGAAAAGACACGGAAAGUCUCUGGUCCUCGUGCCCUUCAGCCGUCGCAAUUCGGUAUGCUUUGUACCUCAGAUACCCCUGAAGGUGAAGCCUGUGGCCUUGUGAAGAAUCUUGCACUCAUGACACAUAUCACCACAAACGACGAAGAAGAGCCAGUACAGAAACUUGUAUUCACUCUUGGUGCAGAGGAUAUCCAGACUGUAGGAGGCAGAGAAUGCUUCGGUCAGGGUGCUUAUAUUGUAUUUAUGAAUGGAUCUCCUAUUGCGCUGACCAGGCGGCCGAAGUAUUUCCUCAAUGCCUUCCGGCGCUUGCGACGGAUGGGCAGGAUCUCAGAAUUCGUCAGUGUGUUCAUCAACCAUAACCAGAAAAGCGUCCAUGUUUCCACGGAUGAUGGGCGUAUAUGUCGCCCUUUGAUCAUUGUUGAAAAGAAGCGGUCCAAGGUUACAGCGCGACAUUUAAGUGCUCUGCGCAGUGGCACAAUGGAUUUUGACGACUUCCUAUCUAAUGGGCUUGUGGAAUAUGUCGAUGUUAACGAGGAAAACGAUGCAAACAUUGCCGUGUACGAAAGAGAGAUAGACGCAAACACGACCCAUCUGGAGAUAGAGCCGUUUACAGUACUGGGGGCCGUCGCGGGCCUUAUACCUUACCCUCAUCAUAACCAAUCUCCCCGAAAUACCUAUCAAUGUGCUAUGGGUAAACAAGCUAUAGGUGCAAUUGCCAAUAACCAAUUCCUCCGUAUCGAUUCCUUACUCUAUGCUAUGGUAUAUCCUCAAAAGCCAAUGGUAAAGACUCGAACAAUAGAAUUGACAAACUACGACAAGCUCCCGGCAGGCCAAAAUGCUAUGGUUGCUGUGAUGAGUUAUUCCGGAUACGAUAUCGAGGAUGCCCUCGUGCUCAACAAAGGAUCAGUUGACCGUGGGUUCGGUCGUUGUCAAGUCUUCAGGAAGUAUUCGGCAAAUCUCAAGAGCUAUUCCAACGGAACAAAGGAUAGGCUAGUCGGCCCGACAAGGGAGAACGGCGUUUCGAUUAGAAAACAUGGUCUCCUUGACAAUGAUGGUUUAGCUGCUGUUGGGGAGAAAGUCAGCCCUGGAGAAGUAUAUAUAAAUAAAGAGACACCAGACAAUGCACUUUCGUCUGGAAUUACUGGCUCCGAUGCAGGUUUACCUGUGAAAUAUAACCCAACUCCCCAGACCUACAAACUCCCCGAUUAUAGUUAUAUCGACAAAGUGAUGAUAUCAACUACUGAAGGAGAGAGCCAGCUGAUCAAGGUCCAAACCCGACAAACCCGACGACCGGAAGUUGGCGACAAGUUUUCUUCUCGCCACGGGCAGAAGGGUGUCGUUGGAAUUAUUGCGGAACAGGCCGACAUGCCAUUUACAGACACAGGCUUGGUCCCUGACAUUAUAAUGAACCCACAUGGUUUCCCGUCGCGUAUGACUGUUGGUAAGAUGUUGGAACUUGUCGCGGGUAAGGCUGGCAUUAUCUCCGGCCAGUUUGGCUAUGGCACACCCUUUGGCGGUAGCCCUGUCGAAGAGAUGUCCGCUAUUCUUGUGGACCACGGGUUCAGCUAUGGUGGAAAGGACUAUUUGACAUCAGGCAUCACAGGCGAACCACUUACAUAUUACGUCUUCACUGGACCGAUCUACUAUCAAAAACUCAAGCACAUGGUGCAAGAUAAGAUGCACUCACGAGCCCGUGGACCCCGAGCCACACUUACCCGUCAGCCAACCGAGGGUCGUUCUCGCGAUGGUGGUCUACGUCUGGGAGAGAUGGAACGUGACUGUCUGAUUGCAUACGGCACGAGUCAACUUCUCCUCGAACGAUUAAUGAUAUCUUCCGAUCGGCAUGAAGUAGAUGUGUGUGAAGGCUGCGGAUUUAUGGGAUACUCUGGCUGGUGUCAGCGCUGCAAGACCUCAGCAGGAGUAGUGAAGAUGGUGAUACCCUAUGCCGCGAAGCUGCUUGUGCAGGAGCUCUUCAGCAUGAAUGUUGUGGCUCGAUUGAGGCUGCAGGACGAAUUCCCUGAAGAUCGAGGGAUGUAA